GCACGGCACUUAUCCGCAUACCAUCUGACAACAUGAAAAUCCUGCUUCUCACGCUGCUGCUGGUGCUGCUGUGUAGCACUCAAGUGCACACACUCCAGUGCUACACCUGUAGCAGCGAACAAGACGACAUCUGCAAGACAGAAACCAACUGUCCAUCAUCAUCCAGGUUCUGCAAGACCGUUGUCUCAGCUGACAGCAUUUCUCGAACCUGUGAGGUCAACUGUGCGGCCAGCGAAAAUGUCCUGUGCUGCAAUGAGGACCUGUGCGAGUGAGAGGCGCUGCUCGACAUUCCCUCUUUUCCUGCUAAAUCAACGCACUAUCCAGAAAUAAAUCACUGAAGUCUGCAUGAAUUUAUUGUGGAAGCAUGAUCGCAUGGGUGGGUGGAGGCUACAAUAAAACUUGAACAUGAA